GGACUGGGAAGCACUCCGUCUCCGGGGCCCGAGCCGGCUUUGCAGCGAGUUGUUAGGGUGUCGUCUGGGGCUCGGCCUCCUGGAGGGGCUUGUCGACCUUGACCUCGAUCUCUCGUCUGGGCGGCGUUCCUGUAGGGGCCACAUGGGAGAGAAAGAGAUGCAAAUUAUCAAAGUAAAACAUUUUGCAAAGAUUAUUCAUAUUUUUUUUUCUUUGUCUCUUUCAAUUCUGGCUUUGAGACUAGUUACAUUUUGAUUUAACUUAAAUUUAAGUGUGUGUGUGUGUGUAUGUACAUUUACAAUGGGUGAGCAAAGUUGCUGUGGUGGUGCCUCUUAUUGGGCGGUCAUCAAGGUGGAGAGGACCAUGCCGUGAAUUUCCUCUCGCGAUGGGAGGGCUGCGAGAAGUCUGUUCUGGAUGCGGGCUGCCAAUUCGUCGGCCAGACGCCUCAGGUCAAUGUUGUCCAUGUUGGCCUGUUUUUCGGACACCGUCCAGUGAGCAAAAGAGAAGCGAUGGACGGAAAGUUUGAUUCGUGACUUUGGCGAGCGGCGAGGUGUUUGUUUUUGUUUGUGUCUGACGGAGGCGUGGUCGCAUGCAGCCGCAUUACGGAGUUGGUUGGUAGCACUGCUCUCUUCCUUGGAGUUGUGUUGGCAGUGCUGCAGCAGACGAUUUUCGCAUGACCGGCGAACAGGCGUCAGGCGCGUCGCGUCUGACCGGUGUGGCUCGGCCGUGGACGACGGGCGACGGCUGGCAGUCGGCGGUCGCGCUGCUGUGCCGACUUUUGGCGAAUUGCCGCAGGCGAUUUGGUGCACAUGGCGGUUUUGGCGGCAGCGCUGGAGGCGCACUUUGCUCGUACAAACUCGCAAUUGCAGCAGUACGGCGAGGUGAAUCAAUUGGGCGGCGUGUUUGUGAACGGGCGGCCGCUGCCGAACGCGGUGCGGCUGCGGAUCGUCGAGUUGGCGCAAUUGGGCAUCCGUCCGUGCGACAUUUCGCGGCAGCUGCGCGUCUCGCACGGCUGCGUGUCCAAGAUUCUGGCCCGCUACCACGAGACGGGCUCCAUCCUGCCCGGGGCCAUCGGGGGCAGCAAGCCCCGCGUCACCACGCCCAGGGUCGUCGGCUACAUUCGCGAACUCAAGACCAAAGACCCCGGCAUCUUCGCGUGGGAAAUCCGCGACCGGCUGCUCGCCGACGGGGUCUGCGACAAGUUCAACGUGCCCUCGGUCAGCUCCAUCAGCCGCAUUCUCCGCAACAAGGUGGCCCCUUCGAGUCCGACGCCGCCACAGUCAGCGGCGCCACCGUCACCGCACCCCGCCUCGGCCCCCUCCAUCUACUCGACCCUGUUUUCGACCUCCCCCACCGCCUACUCGUCGCCCUUCGGCAGCCCCAAGGUGGUCCCCGGGCCCAUCAUGUGUCCCCCCGGCUCGCGAAUGUCCGCGUGGCCCAGUUCGCACUCGGUGCACGACAUUCUGCGCGCCUCCCAGCAACAGCAACAGCUCGAGCGACAACACUGCGGCAACUACUACAUGUACUUGCAGGGCUGCAGCCCCGUCGUCGGCCACCAGGGGCCCCUUCAACCCCAAACCACCUCGCUCUGACCACCUUCAACAGCUUCUUUUUUUGCAUUUUGGACUUUUUUUAAACUUUCAUUGCAACAAGCAAACGGUUUCAUUUUCUCCUACUGACUAUAUGGAAUAAGUAAUUUUUCAUCAACCAUUGUAAUAAUUAUCUUUCAACGAAGACUGCUUUUUUUAACUGAAGUUUUUCUAGAAUUCUGCUCCAUUCAAGGCAAUUCAAGGGUAUCAUAAAAGAACAGAUUCGAUUUGAAGCAUUUUUUGAACGCACCACGCGUCUCAUUAGCGCAAUCAAAACUUUUGUUUUAUGAAUAAAUUAUUUCAAUGCAAAUUUUAAGGUUCUAUUGAAUUUUUAUUAAUUUCUGUCUGGUAGAUUUUGAGGUGAAAAACUUGAAAAUUAAAUCCUUUGAGGAAAUAAAAGCUACCUUUUGACGUCUCUAAGUAUUUAAAAAUAAAUCUCCAUAAAAAACCGUUUUUAAGUUGAUGAGACUCUUUUUUUUAUAGCACAAACAGUUUCUGUGUCUUAAUUUCAAUUUUUAGUCUUCAAAUUAACCCAAACGCAAAUAAAUCAAAUCAAAGUAUUGUCGAUGUAUGUCAAAUGUAAGCUAGCAAAAUUCUCCCUGGGGGAUUAAUUGUUAUUUUUAAUAACUGAAUUAAUUAACUGUUGAAGCUGCACCGAGAGAGUAUUAUUUAUGUACAUUAACUGUGGUAAAUACUUUGUGAUAAAACGACGGUGGCAGCGAAUUAUUUUUGUCCCUAUAAAUAUAUCUUCGCAAAUUCCUUGUCGCAAAGUUAUAAUUAAUAUAUUUAAUAAGUAAUAUAAAUUUAAACGCCGCUAAUACGUAGGUUUAACUUAAAGUGCUUCUAAUACACGUUUGUAUUGUGUAUUUUUGUUGUCAUAAAACUGUGGCAUUUUUUAUUAUUUAAUAAAUUGUUCUCUUACUUACUGAUCGUGUGAGGAAAAUAAUUUCGGCGCCGAACGAAAAAAUAAAAUUAAACAAAACGCUGA